CCACAUUUCGUAAUCUCGCCCUGGCGUCACAGCGUGGACCCCUAAAACCCCGUCUUUGUUGACGUCCCCCCGACGUCAUCCACCCAAAAGCCCUCCCCGAUCAGCCACCAGGAUAAGAUCCGCCCAACACGCGGCCCCGGACCGUCCAUAGGUUUGAAUAAGAUUCCUGCUGCCUUGACAGCCCCAUCAUCAACUAUAUAGCCCCUCCUCCCGGAAGUUCCCCGUCUUACCUUUCCUCCCUCAACUUGAACCGUGAUUUUCGUUUCUGCAAUUUCCCACAGCAAAAAAAUAUCCUCAUCGUACAUCAAUCGAGAAUCAUACUUGGUUUGAGAAAGAACAAAGAAACAACCCCCCCCCCCCCAACACACACACCACCACCACCACCACCACCACCACCACGAUGAGUGACUGCGGCUGCUCAACCUCAGGAACGUGCACCUGCCCCAAGGGCCAGUGCACAUGCACCAACUGCCCUCACCCCAAGGAAGACAAAUAACCCUAUCACCGACCGACCGAUCAUUUUUGCAGGUGGAGGGAGGGGAGAGACGCAACAACUUGGCAAGCACAUAACACUCUUGUGGUGCUGAUGACGACCAGCAGAAAUAUCCGU